AUGUCCUCUUCCAUCGCAGCGCCGGCGCUGUCGUCCAGCAUCAGACGCUCUUCCAUCAGUUCUGUCACGUCAUUAGGUCGAAAACGCAAGGAACCGCUGGACCGGCACUCACAGCUCAGCGACGAUGAUGUCUCAAUGCGCUCGAGACAAUUGAAUUGUGGCAGUGCGAACGAUGGCGACGAGGACGACGAGUAUGAGGAAGACACAGGUGAUAGUGAUAGCAGUGUGGAAAGCCAGACUGAUGACAUGACGGAAGGGAUGAAUGCUCGUCGUAGAGAGGGACGGAGACAGACGGUCUUUUGGAGUGAUGAAGAGGAAAAGUUUCUUCGUCAUGGAGUGAAAAAGUACGGGACGGGCAAGUGGAAACAGAUACUAAUUGAUGGCCAAGAUGUAUUUUCGAAACACCGGACUAACGUUGACUUAAAGGACAAGUGGAAGAAUAUGCAAAAUACCAAGUUUACAACUCGGAAAAGACCAGCAGAAGGAAACAACUUGUCACCUCUUGUUAAACAAGAGGAGCAGCCAACUGUACAUCGUGCAUCGAGAGUCUCUGUAAAGAAGUACAGAUCUCGUAAUGACGCGAGCGCGAUACCGUUGGUGACCAGAGCUCGUUUGAGGACCGAUCGACGUGCCGCUAUUGUCGCUAAUCGUGCUAUAGCCAAUGUUAAAGAACAGGAGGUCGAUGUUGAUUCUUUACCUAGUGAGGAAGACGAAGAUUAUCCUGGUGAAGAAACUGGUGACGGUUCAGACCUCAAACCGACUGGUUCUUACGAUCUAUCAGAGCACAUUGUGUUAAAGUUUGUAACCGAUAGGAGUUUCCCUGAGCUUAUUGAAGUUCGAGUGAGUUUUGACGCUUGUAAGGACGUAUCUGCUCUGAAAAAGCUUCUGCGCUCCAGCAUCUUGUCGGACGUGUCACCAAAUACAGAGGUUCAGAUGAUCGGCCUCAAAUCAAGACAACUUUUUGGUGACGAUGAGCUCUUGUCGCAGUGCAUCAAGGAAAAUGGUGUAGAUUUCUUUCUAGUUUUCGAAGAUGCUCCAAAGGUGUUUGCGCGAUAA